UAGUAAUUAUAACAUAUAGGACCUUUCGUUGAUUCACGUUAAUCUACAUUGGAUAUUAAAAUAAUAUCCAAUCGUAAAUUUAUAGAUAGUAGAAUAAAGAAAGUUUUUGUUUCGAGAAUCGUAAUGAAAUAUAAACGAUACUUUUUUUUAUUUUUAAUAACCUUCAAUAUUGUAUUCGGUCGAGCAAAAAUAUUCGAUAAAAAUCGAUAUGAAAUCGAACACAUGGAUGGUCGUUUGUCCAAGGACAUCGUACCAAAAAAAUAUAUCAUCGCAGCAUCACCUGAUUUCAUCGAAGAUAGGUUUUAUGGUGCUGUACAAAUCGAUUUAACAAUUAUGAAGGUUAAAGAUUAUAUAGUUUUACAUUCAAAAAAUUUAACCAUUACGUCGACUAAAUUGUAUAAAAGUGAUAUGCCAUAUGAUGAAAUUUCAAUUGAUACUAUUUAUCCUAUUGAGGAAUAUGAAAUGAUAGUAAUCGAAAUUACAAAUAGCUUAAAACCUGAUAAUUAUAUCCUAAGAAUGAAUUACAGUGGUACAUUAAGCAAUAAGAUCAAUGGAUUUUAUUUGAGUAGUUAUACAGUUAAUUCCGAAAAUGAUCGUGUCAGAAAAUUAGCGGUCACACAAUUUGAACCAACUUAUGCGAGAAAAACAUUUCCUUGUUUCGAUGAGCCAGCAUUUAAAUCUAUUUUUCAUAUUCGUAUCGUUCACGAUGGAAAAUCGAAUUAUCAUGCUUUAUCUAACAUGCCGAGUAUAAGAGUCGAUAAAGCAGAUGAUAAAAGCGAUUUGAUGGUAACAACUUUUGCACCUACUUUACCGAUGUCGACAUAUCUAGUGGCUUUUCUAAUAAGUGAUUUUGAGUGUCUAACCUCAAGUGCAGAUUCAUUAAACGGAACUAGAAUACCGCUUAGUGUUUGUAUUAGAUCGGAUUACAAGAGUAAAGUGCAAUUUGCUUUGAAUAUUGCUGCCCAAGCUAUCGAAUAUUAUUCGAAUAUUUUGAACAUCGAUUAUGCUCUCCCAAAAUUAGAUCUCGUCGGAAUACCGGAUUUUGCAGCUGGCGCAAUGGAAAAUUGGGGUUUAAUAACGUUCCGUGAGACUGAAGUGAUCUACAGCGAGGAACAUAGCUCAUGCGAAAACAUAAAGAGCGUUGCUCUCACGGUGACCCAUGAAUUGGCACAUAUGUGGUUUGGAAAUCUUGUUACAAUGAAAUGGUGGAACGAUCUUUGGCUCAAUGAAGGUUUUGCAACUUAUAUGGAACACAUUGCCGUCGAUUUUAUUUUUCCCGAAUGGAAUCAGAUGCAAAUCUUCCCAUUGGAUACUAAAUACACAUCGAUGAUCUAUGAUAUGAAAAAAAAUGCACACCCAAUAGUUAAUCGUCUUGAAGCUUCCGAUGAAAUAGGUCAAAUGUUUGAUCGUAUUUCUUAUCAAAAAAGUGCUGCAGUAAUUAACAUGUUAGAAGAUGCAAUAGGCAAUUUAAAAUUCAUCUCUGGAAUUAGAAGCUAUCUUAAGAUGUAUCAAUUUGCUAAUGCCGAGUCGAAAGAACUUUUUGUGCGUUUAAACGAGGAAACUAAAAAUUUCGUAAAUCUAAUAGAUUUUUUAAAUCGAUGGACAAGAUUACCUGGAUUUCCUCUCGUUAAAGUUCAACAAAAGGGUAGAUCAGUGAAAUUGUCUCAGCAACGAUAUAUCGUUGAUAAAAAACAAGAGGAAUCGUUCACAGAAAGUUGGGACAUUCCUUUGAAGUAUAUAACGAAUCGACAAGAAGACGGUAUUAAUUUUGCUUGGUUCCUUGCUAAUUAUUCUUGCGUCGAAUUGGUCUUAGAAAAGUCAGUAAAUUGGGUAAAAUUGAAUCACAAUUCGAUUGGUUAUUAUAUCGUUAAUUAUACUGAAGAUAAUUGGAGAACGUUCACUGACUUACUAUUGACUAAUAUCCAAGUUCUGGAUCCAGUAAAUCGUGCAGAUUUAUUGCACGAUGCAUUUAUUUUAGGUAAUAAUAACGAUCUGUCAUAUCAUAUCAUUUUGAACAUGACCACUUACCUAAAAAACGAGAGUGCUCUUCAACCUUGGAUAGUUGCUGGUCAAUGGAUCAAUCAUGUUAACAGAUUAUUUCGUUCGACUAAUUUGCAUCGUCCGUUUCAAUCCUAUGUGCAACGUCUGAUCGAUAAAAUUUAUCAACAAGUUGGAUGGAAGGUUAACGAGAAAGAAGAAUUACCAUACAGAGAAUUACGGGUAGUUAUUCUGAAGAUAGCAUGCAGUGUAAAAUUCGAUCAUUGCUUGGACACAGCCAUUAUGAAGCUUAAAAAUUUCGUUGAUAGUAAUGCCACGCAAAAAUUGCAUCCUGACAUUCGUUCUAUCGUUUAUUCCUAUGGUCUCUUUGUGCCAAACGAGGAGGCUGAACCGAUAUUCGAAAAAAUGUGGGAAUUCUUUUUAAGAGAGACAGAUGUGCAAGAAAAAAAAAGAUUGUUGAUAAGAUUAGCAGCUGUUAGAAACAAGGAUAUUCUCAAUAAAUAUCUUUUGAAGAUACAAGACGAAAAAGUUGUUCGUAGGCAAGAUUUUUUUGAAGUCAUCAGUAAUAUCGCUCUAAAUCCAGUUGGUCUUGAUAUAGUCUGGGACUUUUUUAGAAAUCAUUGGGAAAAUUUAAUCGAAAAAUUUGCAUUAAACGAUCACGCUGUGGAUGCAGUUAUAGGAGCAGCCAUUUCUUUAUUCAAAGAUGAAGAAAAAUUGAUGGAGGUAACAAAUUUCUUCGAUAAAUAUCCAAAUAUUGGUCCAAAUGCAAAUAUGAAGAAAAAUGUGAUUGAAGAUAUUGAAAGUAAUAUCAAAUGGAUAAAAAUGAAUUUGUGGCAAUUCGAACAAUGGUUAAACGAAGAAGGAACUUAUUUUACAUAGAACUUUCAUUAUAAAAUAAAUUAUAAAAUAUAAUUAUAUGUUCUUUUUUUU